AUGACGCUGCACGGCUGGGAUCCGUUGCGGAUCCUCGCACAAAUGACAGCUUUGCAGUGUAUUCACUACAUCCUACUCGCAGCAUUUGUGCCGCCGUUUCUGUCGAUCUUUACAGAACCGGCAGCACUUCGAUUUGAAGGCGGACCUGCACAAGUCGGCAUGAUCAUGGACUGGCGCGAAGUCGCAAGUAAGCCGACGUGGGACUGGCACACAGUGAUGCAUCUUGUGAAUCUGUACAAAGGUUGGAGCAAGACAGGCGGUGAGAGCGGCCCUGCUUGGACGCCCAGUGAACAAGUAGCGCUAUCAAACUGGACGGCUGGCGCCGUCUGGCUCCACGUGCCGGACCAUCGAGGUGGCUUGCAGCCGUAUGUACUUCCGCCCACGUCCUUCCAAUGGAACGACUCGUCGCCAUCUCUUGCCAACGAUCUGUCCACUGAAUCUCUGCUGACUUCCAUGGCCGAAGAGCCUCUCAUACCCGCAGCACGCUCGCUACGAUCACCAACGGCGUUCGCCUCGUCGCCCACCUCGUUGCCAUCAUCGAUAUGGCCGUCGCCGAGAUGGCUCGCGAAAGAUGCAUCGCGACCGACCAAUACAUCAGGCACACUGCUCCAGCAAGAGCGUCAGCUUGAAAUGUGGGAGUAUCGUCGCACACAUGACGCACGACGUGGUUGGGCUAUUAGUGCCGCAUGGAUGCUCACGGUCUUCUUUGACGUUCAAGUCUUGUACUAUCUUGUCCGCAAGCCUACCCACGUGCUGGAUUUUGUAUGCACGAUGCAUUUCGUUCACUUUAUUCUGACAACCUCCUUUGCAGGUGCAUUGCCGCACUCCGUGUAUUGGUGGGUGCUUAUGAUGGUUCAUGCAAGUCUAUGUAUUGUGUUUGCCGAGCGCAUUGCGAUCCAGCGCGAAAUGCGCAUGGGCUUUACAGACCACACCGUGUUGGAUUCGUCUCAGCUGGACGAAGAUACAUACGAACUCCUUCCUUCACGCAGCCGCGGCGCGGGCCGUGGGAGAUACUAG